UAAACUACCAUGAUACCGGUUUGAAUACUGCAGUACACGAAUUAUGUGUACAAAAUUACGAGCGUAUGGCCGCAUGUGUACAAAAUUAUUGGUGGUUAUGUUGCUGAACAUGAUAAAUACAUUUCCUUAUUUGAAGUAAGCAAAACCAAAUCAACGAUAACAGAAGCAAGAUCAAUAGAAGGUAUGUAUAUAUCUCAUUAUCUGAAGUAAGGAAAACCAAAUCAACAAAAAAACGGAAGAAAAAUCAAUAGAAAGGAUUCAGAUAAUAAGAGACAUGGAUGCUUUCCUCCUACUUCCUGUUACAUCUCCACCCAUCCCUCAUAAUCAUAUUCAUCCCCUUCUCCAACCGAGCCUGGUCGUCUCCGUCCCCAAGAUAACCACCCCGGCCACCCACACACUCCAGUAGGCAGUAGCGACUCCACUCCCAGCCGCGCGCGGACGUACAACGCCAUCCAACUAUCAGCAAUGCCUCCCUCGGCUCGCCUCCUUUCCUUUUUCCUCGUCCUCCUCUUCCACCUCCCCUUCUCUCUCUCCUUCCGCAACCACCACCGCAGCCCCUCCCCCUCGCCGGCGUCCUCCGACGCGGCGCCGCUCGCCGUCCUGCUCGCCUGCAACGCCACCCGCUUCCAGCCCGCCUGCGUCUCCACCCUCUCCAGCGCCGGCGCCGACUCAUCCACCUCCGACCUCCUCGCCGCCACCCUCGCCGCGCUCCGCGCGCGCCUUCCGCCCGCCGUCUCCACCGCUAAGUCCGUCCUCGCCGCCGCCUCCAACGUGAACCUCUCCAACGCGGCCACCAACUGCCUCACCUUCCUCGCGCUCUCCUCCCACCGCCUCUCGCCGUCCCCCUCGCCGUCGCUCCUCUCCGCCUCCACCGCGCUGCUCCACCUCUACGACUGCUGGUCCGCCUACAAGUACGUCAACUUCUCCCGGACCAUCUCCGACGCCAUGGCCUACCUCGACGACACCAUCGCCGUCAACAGCAACUACAUCUCCAUGCUCGCCGCGCGGCAGCGCUACGGCGACGACACCUCCCGCUGGGCCCCGCCGCAGACCGAGCGCGACGGGUACUGGCCCCCCGCGGCGGCGGCCGCGGAGGCUGACAUGGACGCGCUUGGAGUGCCCAAGGGGCUGCCGGCGCGCGUGACGGUGUGCGGGGCCGGGUGCGACUACAAGACGGUGCGGGAGGCGGUGGCGGCGGCGCCGGACUACGGCGCCGCGAUGUUCGUGGUGCAUGUGAAGGAGGGGGUGUACAGGGAGACGGUGACCGUGCCGUGGGAGAAGACGAACGUGGUGGUCGUGGGCGACGGCAUGGGGCGGACGGUCAUCACCGGCAAUCUCAACGCCGACACGCCCGGCGUCUCCACCUUCAACACCGCUACCGUAGGCGUUCUCGCGGACGGCUUCAUGGCGCGCGACAUGACGAUCGCCAACACCGCGGGUCCGGACGCGCACCAGGCCGUGGCCUUCCGCUCGACGGGGGACCGCACGGUGCUGGACACCGUGGAGCUCCUGGGCCACCAGGACACGCUGUACGCGCACGCCAUGCGCCAGUUCUACACCCGGUGCCGCGUCUCCGGGACCGUCGACUUCGUGUUCGGCAACUCGGCCACGCUGCUGCACGACACCGCCCUCAUCGUCCUGCCCCGGCAGCUGCAGCCCGAGAAGGGCGAGAACGACGCCGUCACCGCGCAGGGCCGCACCGACCCCGCCCAGCCCACGGGGAUCGUGCUCCGCGGAUGCGUCGUCAACGGCAGCGACGAGUACAUGGCGCUGUACCACCAGAAGCCCGACGUGCACCGUGUCUACCUGGGCCGCCCCUGGAAGGAGUACUCGCGGACCGUGUACGUCGGGUGCACACUCGCGGAGAUGGUGCAGCCGCAGGGGUGGCUAGCGUGGAACGGGGACUUCGCGCUCAAGACGCUCUACUACGGCGAGUUCGACAGCGCAGGCCCCGGCGGACGCGACGCGAGCCGGAGGGUGCCGUGGAGCAGCCAGGUGCCCAAGGACCACGUGGACGCGUACAGCGUCGCCAACUUCAUUCAGGGACACGAGUGGAUACCCAAAGUGUAAGUAAAAGUGUAAAACUGGUACUCCUAUAGGGUCGAUGCAUUAAGAAUUUAAGAUGGUGCCGUCGACGUGGAGUGCUGCGUUUAAGAAUGCAAGUGAUCAGCAAUGAACCGGCGAAAUCUCGGCCCCGUACGCGCGAAUCACGAUGACCGUGAAAUCUUGCACAAGCAGUCGUUAAUCUCAGAAACGAACUCGAGAAUUGGCGGUCGUGGCCGGAAGAGUGGCUUGGAAGAACGGCGGAACGAAGCGGUGGCGUGGCAGAGCAUGAAUACGACUCCCCACUUCAGCACGUCGUGUCAAACAACAUCAUCAUCUCGUAGCUUUAUGCUCUAGCUCGUGGUGGUCCAUGUCCAUCACCGCAACACUGCAUGCAUGCUUUCUAUUGCAG